GACUAUGGAUAACUCCGUUUACCUGAUCAGGAUAUAGGGCUCACGGCGGGUGUGACCGGUCAACAGGGGAUGCUUACUCCUCCUAGGCACCUGAUCCCACCUCUGGUGUGUCCAGGGGUCCGUGUUUGCCCAGCUAUCUAUUUUGUAUUGCUUAUAGGAGUUAUGAGAUUGAUCACUGUUCGUUAUCUUCACAUUUCAUACAAUUAAUGCUAAGAAUUCAUAUAAACGAAUUCAUGCAAUUUUUCAGGUUGAGAAUGGACACUAGACAUGACAACGGGAUUAAAGAACAAGUGUUAUUAUCAUAAGACAUGGCAACGGGAUUAAAGAACAAGUGUUAUUAUCAUAAGACAUGGCAACGGGAUUAAAGAACAAGUGUGAUGAAGAUACAGAAUUUUGCGUCACAUUAAGACCAGAAUACGUUGCGAUUGGACAUGGCGGAACUAUUAAACUCGAUGGAGAAAUUUUGCCUCAGAGAGCCGAUUAUGAAAUCAAAUGGUACAAAGAUCUUGGAGAUGGCCCUGAAUUGAUCGACACUGGACAAAUAAAGUACGCUGGUACUAGUGAUUCUGAACUCGUGAUCAACAGAGUGGAAGAAAAUGAUGCAUGUGACUAUCAUAUGGAAGUUUCACUGGAAAAGAAGACGUCUUGUAGCAAGAAGUCAGUUGUGCACCUAUUUGGUCAUAAGCACAGGAACAUCUUGACAGUAGAGGAAAAUAACUUUGUAAGAUUUGUUCUCCUUAUAAAAAUAAGCGAGGACGCUCUUACAAUUUUAUUUGACAAACUUAUCCCUCCAUCAACUUUAAACAACCAUCUUCUCCAGUAUGAGAAUAAGCUUGCAAAGAAGUGCACAGAAGAACAAUACAACAUAUUGUUUCCAGAUACCGGGACUAAAGUAUCCUCUGCAGAUUUCGAUACAACAUUGAUAUACAAGCUAAUACGGAAUACGUGCAGUCAGAGUAACAGGAAAAAUGGUAUUAGAAAUCCAAAAAAUGGUUGGGGCAAUGAUCCAGAUAAGAAAAGUAUUCGUAUUGGAGAUGAUCUUGAAAGAAUACGGUUUCAUAGGAAUUUUACUUUCCAUAAGAAAAGAUGGCUUUCAUUAGAAGAAUUUGACGAGAAAUGGAACGAUUUAUCGGAGGCUAUUCAUAGAAUAUGCGACAGAAAACUAGACGAUGAAGUUGCAAAACUUAAAGUAAAACAUUUAGAUAUUGGAGUGGACCUUGUACAGAGUUUUGAAGACACUGAUCAAUUGGAAUAUGAAAAAUGGAAAGACGAAGACAAUGUUUUCAUAAAAACGCGGGCUUAUUAUGAAGCAAUGCUACGCAUCCGAACCACAAAAUGUGUUGCAAUUAUCGGGGGUCCGGGUGCAGGGAAAGUCACAACCGCCAGGCACUGCGCCUUAGUUCUUCAGGAGGAAGGUUGGAAAAUAAUUGCAGUGUCAUGCGUAAAACAAAUCCGGCAGCAAAUGCGCAAUUCACAAAACCAUGUAUAUGUCAUUGAAAAUCCUAUUGGUAGAUACAAAUUGAACCACGAUGAGUGCGAGAACUUAAAAGAAGAUGAAUCAUUUUUGGAGAGCAUAUUGAGUAGCACCAAAGGGAAAAUAAAAUUAAUAUUUACCGCAAGAAGAAGUAUUUAUAGAGAGGCACAAUGUUUAAAGUUUUUCAUUUUUCAAGACAAAUACAUCGUAGAUUUAGAAUCAAAGGAAUUCCAGUUGAACAGUGAAGAAAUGCAGAAAAUGUUUGCUCGACAUUGUUUUACACAGAAGGUUGAUCCACAAUUCAUGAAUUUGAAAUUCCAAUCUUCGGAAACCGAUGCUCCUCGACUGCGAGGAAAAGCUAUUUCAACUAAAGAAUUAAGAGGAAUACCUUCGAAUAUACCUAAAAGUAUUGAAUUAGAUCUAAACGAAUACCCAAUGUUUCCAUUGCUUUGUCGGAUAUUUGCAAGGAACUCCUUAAUUCAGAAACACGGUAUUACGUUUUUCAAAGAACCUUGCGAUACUUUGAUAAAGCAGCUUGAAGAAAUGUGCCUAUUUGAAAAGGAAAAGUACUGUGCGUUAGUCUUGUGCAUGUUAGGUGGAAAUGUUGUAACAGAGGAGACAUACGAAAAUCAGGAACUUUUGCGAGAUAUCUUUAAAGUUUGUGGUGAAAUUCCAAUUAGAAAACUUCAAGAGGCAUAUGUACAAAUGCAAGGAACAUUUAUUGUACAUACUGACUAUGGUUUUUCUAUAAGCUCAGAUAUUCUGUUUGAAGUUUUGGCAUGUAAACAUGCAUCGGAGAAUCCUAGGCAUCUGUUGAAAUAUAUGAAUAGCAAAUUCAUUUCAAGUCAUUCGUAUUUCAGCAGGCCAACAAUUCACAACAAUCGAGCUUUAAGUAUACUUUUGCCACGUACAUUAUUAUUGUUUACUGAAUUGUCGGAAAGGCUUUAUUCCGAUUUGCAACAGAAAAAAUAUCGAGAAUCGUUUGAUAAUGAAUGCAUGAAAGAUACGGACUUUCAGUGCUUCUUUGCAGAUUUUCUUAACAAGAUUGACUGCGGUGACAUUUUUGAAAUCUUCCUAAAGCCCUUAUCGCAUUGUGAUGAUUAUUUCUCUAUAAAGUCUUCAAUGGUUGAAGAAUUGACUAAAGUUGAUAUUUACAAAUCUGCCUUCCUGGUUAAUCAACAAUUUGAUGGGAGUGCUUGGGUGCAAAGUGCGAGAGGAAUCAAUUGGGUCAUUGGAUAUGGCCAUUGUGACGUUCUUCUGACCAUAGUGAAAAAAUCAGAAGAAUAUUUGUCAUCAAAUAAAGGCAUAUUUGGCUUUGAUACAAAAGAACAGACUCGAAUGUUAAUAUUAGGAUGCUACAGUAAAAAUAUAAGUGUGGUAGAAGUUCUCUUAAAAUAUGUAGAUCGGUGCUGCAUUGACAGUGAAUACGAAGGCACCUACACGCCACUAAUUGCUGCAUGCCAGACUGGAAAGGAGGAUAUAGUAGAAUGUCUUAUAUUAGCAGGCGCCGAUGUUAAUAGAGCCAGCACAAGUUAUUACAACGUCCUCAGAACCCCCCUCAUUGUUGUAGUAGAAAACAACCACUUACAUCUGAUGAAACUGCUUCUAAAAUAUAACGCCGACCUAAAUAAAUGCAAUUUUGAAAUGGAAUCUCCGUAUAAUAUAGCUUGCAGAUUAGGCAACUCCUCCAUUGCAGAUUUAUUAAGGGCAAACGAUGCUGAUGUUGAUACUACACCAUUAGUUAGAGCCAUAAGGAACUCACGACGAAAUGCCAUCAAAUUGUUGCUAAACAGAACAGAUUUGAUUAACAAAGCUGACUCUUCCGGAAUGACGCCUCUCCAUUGGGCUGUGCAUUGUAACGAUCUGGUCUCAGUUGAGCAACUGAUCAGUAGUGGCGCUCAAUUGAUCAUGGAUGAUAAGGGUUUUACUCCAUUUGAUAUGGCUUGUUGUAGCGGUUUUUCAUCUGCUGUAGAGGUUUUCUAUAAGACGAGAGACUGGCAUAGAAGAAUCGAAAAGGUCCCUUUACAGACACCAGUGUUAAAUGAAUUGAUAAAGGCUAGGAAUUUGCCAGUAAUCAAGUACUUGCUAUAUCACGGGGCGGACCCAAACCAUAUCAAUGAAGGUGAAUUGCCCCUUUGUGUUGCAUGUGCAUGGGGAAAUGUGUUUAUUGUUAACUGUUUGCUUAAUUACUCUGCCAAUGUGAAUGAAUGUGACAAUGUAUAUGGUUCUCCUUUACAUGCAGCAGCACAAAACGGACGUUUGACUGUUACAGGUGUAUUAUUGCGAAAAGGUGCAUGUUCAGAUGUAUUGUACAACGGAUCAUCGCCCUUACACAUUGCGACCAAAUAUGGAUAUUUUGACGUUGUUCGAUGUUUAGUUGAAAAUGGGAGUAACGUAAACUCAAAAGAUGAUAGAAACUUCACAGCUUUUCAUCAUGCUGUGAAUGAAAAUCAUUUAGACAUUGCAAAGUACUUAGUUCAAGAAGGCACCGAUAUUGAUUUUUCCGACACCCAAGAAGAUUUGUUAUUCAAAUUAUUGAAAAACUAUGAUGUAUUAAUGUGUCUUAUUAGGCAUGGUGGAAUUGUGCAGAAAGCUGUUGCAGGAAAUCGACUCGAUAUAAUUAAACUUUUAGUCGAGAACAUAUCACCACUAGCAAAAGCGGAUAUAUUUCGUUAUACACCUAUCAAUUUCAUUCUGGCGACAGAAAAGGGGAAUAUUGAAAUGAUUGAAUAUUUCAUCACAAAUGGUGUCGAUAUAAAUGCACAAGAUACACAUGGACGAUAUCCUCUCAUGUCAGCAAUAAUAAAUGAUCAUUACGAAAUUGUGAAUAUUUUGCUAGAUCAUGGAGCGUCAACUACAGUAAGAGAUGUAUUACAACGUACGCCACUUCACUGGGUAGCGGAAAGACAGUGUCCUAAUCUCGUAGAUACUCUAAUGGCGCAUGGAUCGAAAAUAAAUGCCCAAGAUAUAGAUGGAAAAACCCCUUUACACAGAGCAUGCGAAAGUUCCAAUCUUCUGUUAGUCCAAACAUUAAGUGACAAUGACGCUGACAUAAGUAUCAGUGAUAACAAUGGACAUACACCUAUUGAUAUUGCUUUUAUGAAUGAGGAAAGACAUAUUUAUGAAUAUUUGAUAAGACGCCUUCAUUCAUAAGCAUGCCUUUUGUGUUCACGAUUCGUGCUUGUAUGGGCAUUUCAGUCCACAUCGGGAAACAAGUUGCACAAUGUAACCUCUCUCCCAAGAGAAACAACAUUUUCGAAUUUGGUAUAUAUGGACAGCCAUAUCAAGGUAUAGUCCUCAAACUGUGGGCAACAACCUUAUAAAUAUAACCUCUGAGAUUAUAAUAUCUACCUGUUGAUAACUAACAGUAACACUUUUCAAAAGAUGGCUGUAAGUUAUAUGAUGUGUUAUUUGUAUUGUAUAUGAAGAUGUUUUAUAUAUACAGUUUUCUUUUCAUAACAUCAACAAACUUUCGAUGUUCGAAUACUGAAAUAUUUCGUAGUAAUUGUUGGGUUUGAUUACUGUUACAUUUUACAAUGUACUCAAUUAUACAGUCAUAUUACACAUAAUCAUAACGUUAUCUCAGACAGAGGCAAGGUAAUGAUUGAAAUGUAUAUAAAUGGAUGAUUCCAUAUAGUUAACCUCGUCAAUGUCACUAAAUCAGUCGAGGUAUAUGUACAGUGCAUAAGCUGAAUUUCAGUUGAGUAGAAAAAUAACAGGUUUGUGGAGUAAUCUCUCUUGUGAUGAUGUUGUCGUAGGCAGUCGACAUAUCGAUGAAACAUUAUAAAGGUUCUAAACAGGAACAUUUUGACAUAAGUAAAUUAAAUUGAAUGUACCUUAAGAUAUGAAGUUAUGAUUUUUGUAACAUGUAUGUUAGAAUUUGUAGGUGAUACAAUAAUGAGUGUUUACAUGAAUAAAUAAUAAAUCAUGAUAAAAUACUCUCAA